AUGAGACACUACAUACGCAUGAAAGCUCAGAGGCCUGCGCGGAUUCCUUGGAUUGGCGCUGGAGCUCCCUGGCGGCGCCUCCGGCGCCGCCACUGGCGCGCUCCGCGCGCCAGGGAGGGGUGUCCAGCGCCGAUCCGAGAAAUUCGCACGGAUCUCCGAGUUUUUAUGUUUCUGUCAUUGUUUGUUCCCCUGUGUGCGGCGCAGCCUGGGCCCCAGGCUGCCCCACCGCGCCUCUCGCCGCUGCCAGGCUCCUACGCCGCGGGCAACCCCGCCACCUACAGCGCGCUGCCGGGCACCAUGAGGCUGCCGCAGGACUACGGGCACGCCUAG